AUGGCAAACUUAAUUUGGUUCAGACUGGUCUUGUUGGCCAUUUCUGUGGCCUUGUCUUCGGCUGGCAAUGAAACGGCUUCCCUGAAAGCCAAUUUGCAAUCUGGGAGUAGAGGUGUGACCUAUAUGCACCAGAAUAUCCAUUUACUCUAUCGCCAGAAACGCUGGCUUACCUUCGAACUGGGAUCUGCUCUUACGCUUACUUCCAACUUUGCCAAGGCUAUUUUAGGCACCAUUCCCACAGGUCUAAUUACUUUUGGCGAGAUGACGGCUCUUUAUGAGCUUCCAGCUGCCAUUGAAGAUUGGAUUCCACGACAAAGAGGUAAACCACUAGUGAGACCAAUCGCAACACCACCGCCACCACCACCGCCUCCGCCACCACCACCACCACCGCCACCACCAGCCUCUCCCCCAGCACCGGCGAUGCCAUUUAUACUACCAGUUUCUCCUGAAGCACCAAUUGCGUUGCAACCACAGCCCGUUAUCGUACCCCUCAAUCCCGCGGAUCCCAUACAGUCUUUCUACUUUGCCUACCCACAAGGCAUUCCCAUUUUGAAUCGUCGCAAGUCGUAUGUGCAACAGAAGCAGCUGGGAUGUCCGGCCUCGCACUUGGUCAAAGAUACGUAUGGAACCUACUAUUGUCGACCCUCUGCCGUGUCCCGCAGGCUGAGGCGCGAAUUAGAGAGUCAGGGAAGCACGAUAUUCAACGAUGCACAGAAUCCGAACCACAUGCUCUUCGAUAUCAUAGCCAUGAUGGCCACCAUGUUUAAUUACCAGCCGAAUUACUGCAUCAUGCGGUCCCUGUGCGAGGCACGUCAUCUGCUGGCUCCGCCGGGCUUAACGCUCUUCCACGAUAUCUUCCGCAUCAUGCUGCGCUACGUGCAUCCGGAGAUAGCCCAUAAACCCAAGUAUCGGGAGGCCUUCACCGCCGGCCACUCGCUUCACGAAUGCGCCAGUCUGUACGGUCCGCAUUGCCGGCAAAGUUUUUUGCUGGUCAUCAGUGAACAGUUUCAGGCGAAAUACGUACGUUGAUUAAAUAAAAGUGAAAAAUAAGGAAAACCCGCCAAUGAAUUUAUCGAACUGCAAUGUCGGCCAGAAAGGCGCCAGCUAACUGCUAUGACACCCUAUAUAAAGUUAAUGGAU